GUGUGUGUGUGUUUUAAAAAGUGAAAAGUUUGUUGUAAACUCAGACGGAAGACAAGAAAAAUACUGCAGCGGCAACAACAUGUCUGAAUACCCGAGUUUCCAGUUGGGCAAAUCCCGUUUCGACCAGAGCACGUUUCUUGGUCGGUUCAGACACUUCCUGGACGUGAUUGACCCCAGCACCCUGUUCGUUUCAGAGAAACGACUGCAGGAGUGUGUCGAGCUACUCGACAGUUUCAGCCGAAGAACUCUGUCUCCAGAUGUGACAGAUGCUCAGCUUUGGGAAGCUCAGAAAAUAAAGCAGGCAAUCAUCCAUCCUGACACGGGGGAGAAGAUCCCGAUGCCCUUUCGGAUGUCGGGUUUUAUUCCAUUUGGCACACCAGUGAUUGUUGGCCUCCUCCUCCCAAAUCAAACGCUGGCAUCGACGAUCUUCUGGCAGUGGCUAAAUCAGAGUCACAAUGCCUGCGUUAACUACUGUAACCGCAACGCCUCCAAGCCAGCGCCAAUCUCUAAAUUUGUCCAGGGAUACAUCGGAGCUGUGACAAGUGCCGUCUCCAUUGCUGUGGGUCUGAACACGUUGGUCCAGAAAGCAAACGGCUUCAGCCCAACAACCAGGCUGUUGGUGCAGAGGUUCAUCCCCUUCCCUGCAGUGGCGAGUGCAAACGUCUGCAACGUGGUGCUCAUGAGACACACGGAGCUGUCGGAGGGCAUCAGCGUGCUCGACGACGACGGGAACGUGGUGGGAACAUCCAGAAUCGCUGCCAGGCAUGCACUUUUGGAGACCGCCCUGACCAGAGUGGUGAUGCCCAUGCCGAUCCUGUUGCUCCCUCCCAUGAUCAUGUCAACACUGGAAAAGCUUCCCCUCCUGCAGAGGCGGCGGAGGCUCGUCCUUCCCGUCCACAGUCUGGUGUGUCUCGCUGCGUUUGGUCUCGCGCUGCCUCUCGCCAUCAGUCUCUUCCCACAGAUGUCCCAGAUCCGCGUGGAUCAGUUGGAGCCGGAGAUCGCCAUGGCGACGCAUUGUGAGAUGGUGACAUACAACAAAGGCCUGUGAGUGAUCCCUGCAGCCCGGCGCGCUGAGAUAGGGACCCGCUGUUGGGCAUUGUUCAAACUGCCUGGGAAUGAAUGGUGGUAAAAUUGGCUGCAUUAGCCGUGGAGGAUUAAACAUACGUUUACACAGCAGUGCAUGCUGGGAAUUCGUGUCAUUUGCACUGAAACGGUUGUUAAUUAAGUAGUGAGACACGGGGGAAUAUUGUGAUACCGUCCUGACACCUUUAUAAAUUAAUAUCAGGGAUGCAACAUGGACACUUAUUAAGAAUAUAAUGUCAAACGAUCACAAUAUGGUUGUAAGACGGGGUUUUAUCAGCGUGGCAUAGAAUGUUUUUCUUUUUCUUUCUUUUAACGAUUAAUAUGUCGAGGAUAAUCAAGGAAAAUCCCUGUUUUAAAACUGAAUUAUUGUCGCUGUGGUUUAGAUUAUUUGUUUUAACGCUGUGAAUGAACUCGGGAUUGAGGGCGUAUGUUUCAGUAUUUCUGUUUAGAAUUCAGGCUUUUUGUGUCUCUUGAGCCAUUAAUGUGAAGAAUACGGUAUGUUUACGUGGGUGGGAAUAUUCUGCUGUUAACUGUUGUCAUUGAAAAAGCAUUGACUGAUAAUGUGUAGUGUUUGCAUUUUAGUUUGUAAUCAGAUUAUGAUGCCCGUUUUCUCAGCAUUGGAUGCGAUGUAGAUUAUAUUAGCAACUAUCAUAAUCUAAAUAUGACUUCUUCUGGAUUCAGAUUAUUAGAGACAUCAUUCAGCCACCAUUUAUUAUCAGAGGUCUCAAACCUGUGGCCUGUGGGCCCUAUGCGACCCGCCAUUCUAUAUCAACUUGUACUGAAGAACAUUUGUAUGGUUUUUGUUCACAGAUUAAUUUUGCAUUAUAAAUACAUUUACUAUUGUGAAUUGCACUUUAUUUUGAAAUUCUGAAAGACCGGCCCCUCCUGACCAGAUUAGACGCUCUGUCAUUUGAGUUUUUAGACCCCUGAUCUAUUCAACUAUUCUACUUAUUGGUAGGAUCCUUGACUUUGAGAAGCACCUAGGAAAAAAAUAGGACCCUUCCUGACUUCAAGGAUGGGAACGUGUCAUUUAAUUCCUGCUAAAACUUUAGCCAAAUUGUUGUUUUUUUGAAACAUUUUAACAAGAAAAUAGCAGCUAAGGUGUGUUUUGCAGGAUCAUAAAAGCUUAUGCAGCUGUUUUGGAACUUGUGGACGAUACACAAUUUCAUGACAGAUUGUUGAAUUCAUCCAAUUAAUUUGUGACAUUUGUUGUUUUUUUGUUUUUUUUGUUGCUAUAUUUAUCCCCCGUUGCAGACGCACACAUUGAAAACAUCAUUAAUAAGUGGUUGUAAGUUCUAUAAAUGUGUUUUGCUGCCUGUAACUAAAAUCACUGUCACUGCAGAUGUUUCCAACUCCGUCAAAGUACACCACUCUGAAUUACUGUGCAGUGUAUAAAGAAAAUAAAUGGUGCCCCGUCUUUAUUAUUA